CUGACGUACAUGGAGAAGCUGACGACAGCUUCCACAGUCGCAAACCUGCAUUUACCGCCACAGCCGCAACACAAACCCGCCAUCGCCUAUCCGCUGAUUGUGUCUCCGAUACAAGGGCCAAAGGAUAGUCGGUCAUUGACAGAGGCAAACGUCUUGAUUACCCCUCUCCUACCAAAUCCGGCUGGAUCUCCUAUUCACAAUCCCAGCGCCCGGCUGCGAAGCUAGGUUGGACGUCGAAGAUGUCAUCCCUUCGUACCUCCGAUCAUGUCAAAUCGGACCAGGAACUCGCCAUCAGUAUCAAAAAGGCCACUAGCAAUGACGAGAUCUCGCCCAAGCGCAAGCACGUCCGAGCAUGCAUCGUCUACACCUGGGACCACCGAUCGUCGUUGGCAUUCUGGGCCGGAAUAAAAGUCCAACCUAUCCUAGCCGACGAAGUGCAGACCUUCAAGGCUCUCAUCACGAUCCACAAAGUCCUCCAGGAAGGCCACCCUAGCGCUUUGAAGGAGGCUAUGAACAACAGAGGAUGGAUCGAUGGCUUGAACAGAGGAAUGAGCGGAGAAGGCGUUCGUGGCUACGGUCCCUUGAUUCGCGAAUACGUCUACUUCCUCCUGGCCAAGCUGUCUUUCCACCAGCAGCACCCCGAAUUCAACGGCACAUUCGAGUACGAAGAAUACAUCAGCUUGAAGGCUAUCAAUGAUCCGAACGAAGGCUACGAAACGAUCUCAGAUCUCAUGGUUCUGCAGGAUAAGAUUGAGCAGUUCCAGAAGCUAAUCUUCUCUCACUUCCGUAAUGUUGGAAACAAUGAGUGCCGCAUCGCCGCUCUUGUCCCUCUGGUGCAUGAGAGUUAUGGUAUCUACAAGUUUAUCACAAGCAUGCUUCGCGCAUUGCAUUCAAUUACGGGAGAUGACGAGGCUCUCGAGCCCCUCCGACAACGAUACGAUGCACAGCACUACCGUCUUGUUAAGUUCUACUACGAAUGUUCGAACCUGCGUUACCUCACCAGUCUCAUUACAAUUCCCAAGUUGCCAAAUGACCCACCAAACCUAUUGGCAGAGGACGAGAAUGCCCCCAAGCUGCCAGCAAGACCGAAGGGCGAGAUUGAACGAGCCCCGUCGCCGGUGAAAGAGCCCAAGUCUGAGGAGCCUGAUGAGAUUUCCGAAUUUUGGAAGACUGAGUUGGAUCGACAAAACCGCGAGUACGAGGAACAGCAGAGAGUGCUCGAAGCUCAGCAGCAGGCGUCGCUCCUUGCACAACAGCAAGCUCAGCUUCAAGCACAGAGGGACUUUGAGGAACAACAGCGAAAGUUGAUGGAGCAACAACAAAGAGAAAAGGAAGCGUUGAUGGCCCAGCAAGCUCAAUGGCAAACUCAAGGACGUCUGGCGGAGCUUGAGCGAGAGAACUUGAACGCUCGUGCUCAGUACGAGCAAGAUCAGCUGACAUUGCAGCAGUACGAUGCACGUGUGAAAGCCUUGGAGGGUGAACUGGCGCAAAUUCAGAACAGCUUCGGCCAACAACUGGGUAGCAAAGACGAGCAAAUCCGUGCGCUACAAGAGCAAGUCAACACAUGGCGCAGCAAGUACGAAGCUUUGGCGAAGUUGUACUCUCAACUACGCCACGAGCACUUGGAUCUGCUGCAAAAGUUCAAGGCUGUUCAACUCAAGGCCGCCAGUGCCCAGGAAGCAAUCGACAAACGCGAAAAGCUUGAGAGAGAAAUCAAGACCAAGAACCUCGAGCUUGCCGAUAUGAUCCGUGAGCGUGACAGAGCUCUGCAUGACAAGGACCGCCUCAGUGGCAGCAACAAGGACGAGCUUGAGAAGCUGAAGCGCGAACUUCGCAUGGCCAAUGACCGUGCGGAUAACUUGGAGCGCAGCAAGGGUAACGAGCUGUCCACCAUGUUGGCCAAAUACAACCGCGAAAUGAGCGACCUCGAAGAAGCUCUACGCAACAAGUCCAAGGCCCUUGAUGAUGCCCAUUCCUCCCUUCGCGAUGGAAGCUCUGAUCUAGAGCAGCUCCUCCGUGAAAAGGAGGAAGAGCUCGAGGUUUACAAGGCCGGCAUGGACCAAACGCUUAUUGAGCUCAACGACUUGAAGCAAAACCAGGGCACAAGCGACGAUUUGCUGGAUGGCCAACUGGAUGCUUUGAUUAUGGCCAAUUUGGAGAAGAUUAACGACAUUAUUGAUUCCGUGUUGCAAGCCGGAGUUGUUCGUGUGGAUGAUGCUCUGUACGAGCUGGACUCUUCCAUGCAAGCUGGUAACCAAAAUGCUUCGCCGUCCUUUGUUUUGUCACAAAUCGAAAAGGCUGCGUCCAGCGCCAUGGAGUUUGCUACGUCUUUCAACAACUUCAUUGCAGAUGGCCCGAACAGCACCCAUGCCGAACUCAUCAAGUCUAUCAACGUCUUUGCAGGCGCCAUGGCUGAUGUAUGCACCAACACCAAGGGUCUCACACGACUGGCAACCGACGACAAGAAGACGGACUCUUUGAUGAACGGAGCUCGCCAGUCUGCCCAGGCGACAGUCCAAUUCUUCCGUGGCCUGAUGAGCUUCCGACUGGAGGGAAUGGACGCGCUUCAAAAGACGGACGUAGUGAUCAACAGCAGUACCGAUGUCCAGAUGAACCUUCAGAAGCUAAACAAGCUCGUGGAAGCUUUCGCACCUGGCUUUGGCAAGCUGACGAACAACAAGGGAGACUUGGGAGACCUUGUAGACUCUGAGUUGUCCAAGGCAGCCGAUGCUAUUGCUGCUGCAGCUGCCCGCCUUGCCAAGCUGCGCAACAAGCCGCGAGAUGGGUACUCUACGUACGAGCUCAAGGUGCACGAUUCCAUCCUUGAUGCCGCGACCGCCAUUACCAAUGCUAUUGCGGAACUGAUCAAGGCGGCAGCCCUGACACAGCAAGAAAUUGUCCAGGCUGGACGUGGCUCGUCGUCAAGAACGGCAUUUUACAAGAAGAACAACCGCUGGACCGAGGGACUCAUCUCGGCCGCCAAGGCUGUCGCCUCCUCUACUAACACACUGAUUGAGACUGCUGAUGGUGUCUUGUCGAACCGCAACAGCCCCGAGCAGCUUAUUGUUGCGUCCAACGAGGUUGCUGCCUCCACAGCUCAGCUUGUUGCCGCCAGCCGUGUCAAGGCCGGCUUCAUGUCCAAGAACCAGGAUAGACUUGAGCAGGCCAGCAAGGCGGUUGGCGUUGCUUGCAGAUCGCUGGUUCGCCAGGUACAGGAGCUCAUCAAGCAGCGCGGCCAGGAGGAAGAGCAAGUGGAUUACUCAAAGCUCGGCAGUCACGAAUUCAAGGUCCGGGAGAUGGAGCAACAGGUCGAAAUUCUUCAGCUGGAGAACGCCCUCGUAGCUGCACGUCACCGACUGGGAGAAAUGCGCAAGAUUUCCUACCAAGAGGAAUGAUUGCGACCGCGUAAAGACGGCAAGGAAGAAGUAGUUAUUGCAUCCGGGUGCAACACUGUUGCAGACUGAUAAAUCAUGUGACGAUACGUUGUGGUGUUGCAUGGACUAUACGGAAGAAAGACAGUAGAGCUGAUACUGGCUGCAGCGGAUGCAGGCGGGCAAUGUCCGGCCGGCUGUGCGCUGCAUGCAAAGGCGGGACGAGGAAGAGGCGGCUAUGUAUGUUCGCUGCAAGCAAGCUAUAUACAAAUUUCCAAUUUCAGACGUUGUUUGUUUUAACCACUAUUUUUGUUCUUGUGUCUUUUUCUUUGUCGCCCACCACCCACUGAACUCUCUCUUACAACAUCAUCACCUUCCACCGCAACUCAACAGUUUUUGCUGCAAUAAUAAUAAAAGGACCAUUUUUAACGGACUUAGUGACAAGCCCAGAAUUCCUCGGAUUUUUAUCAUGCCCAAAACAGACAAACAUCCC